AUGCCCGAACAAAAGAAACAGAAAUUACAAGACACUGGACUUGUUGAAUGGUCGGUGUUCUCUGAGUUGGUUGCUAUGGAUGAAGACGAAGAAGGAUUUUCAAAGAACUUGUUUGUUACCUUUGUUGACCAAUUCAAAGAGACAUUUGAGGAAAUAGAGUACUUGGUACGUCAACGGUCAGAUUUGGAAAAGCUAUCUUCAUUGGGGCACUAUUUAAAGGGUUCUGCUGCGGCACUAGGCUUGAACACUAUUUCUAUUCAAUGUGAAAGAAUACAGAAUUACGGUAAAAUGGACAAUUUUGACCAUUUCGAAUUAUCCAAGGAUCUGCAAGAUGAUACACCCAUAAAAGACAAAGAAAAUGAACAGGAAAAGGAGAAGGAUGUCAAGUCAACAAAUAAACAAGAAGAAACUCCUGACGACAAAGAAAAAGACAAUGAUGAUCAAAUUUGGUUCCUUUUAAUUAAGGAUGCAUGCGAAAAGGCAAAAGACGGGUUCGAAAAGCUGAGGGCUGCAUUAAACGACUACUUUGAUGGAGGGUUGUGA